AUGAAGAUCGUCGAAAGGAAUAAGCUUUGCAAAAUUUGUCUGAAUGAUCAUGGUAACGCUUUCUGUAAAUUUAAAAUACGAUGCAAUGUUGGAGAUUGUCGGGAGCGCCAUCAUCCGCUGUUGCAUUUUUCUAGCAACCAUGUAAUCAUCAACGCGCAUAUCCGUUCACCGGGAUCAAUUAUCUUUCGACUAAUCCCUGUGACCUUGCAUUGUGGGCGAAAAAGUGUUAAUACGCUAGCGUUUCUCGAUGAAGGAGCAUCAAUAACUCUGGUGGAGCGCUCACUAACGAAUCAACUUGGAGUCGAAGGAAUUAACCAACCACUAACUAUCAAAUGGACAGCAAAUGUAACACGAGUAGAACCAGGGUCCAGACGAAUGAACCUACUGAUAUCGGCCUCGGGAGCAAGGGAAAAAAAUCUGUUAAAAUCCGCACAAACUGUUGAAAAACUGUUACUUCCAAAACAAGCACUCAACGUCCAAGAAAUAGUUGAUAAAUAUAGUCAUCUCCGUGACCUGCCGAUUGCGUCAUAUACCGAUUGUCAUCCAGGUUUGCUAAUCGGUUUAAACAACCUACACUUAAUUGCGCCGAUCGAAGCCAGAAUUAGGGAUGCAGGUGAGCCGAUAGCUGUACGAUCGAAACUAGGGUGGUCCAUUUAUGGUCCCACGGCAAACGAGAUAACUGAAACGAAUGUCAUCGGGCACCACAGAGAAAUCAGCAACGAAGAUAUAUACAACAUGCUUAAAUCUCAGUAUCGGCUGGAAGAGUGUACGGCGAUAGUGGUACAGGAAACGCAGGAUGAGAAGAGAGCACGAGAGAUUUUGCAACGUACAACUGUGCGAAAAGGGAAUGGAUUCGAGACCGGGUUGCUGUGGAGAACGGACAAUCUUUACUUUCCAGACAGCCUUCCGAUGGCCCGUCAGCUGGCCGAAACUGAUCCUCGCAAGCGAUGGUAUCUUCCCUUGAAUGUUAUUCUUAAAGCGAAAAAGCCAGGCAGUAUUCGUCUUGUGUGGGAUGCCGCAGCUACAGUAAAUGGAGUAUCACUUAACAGCCAAUUACUAAAGGGACCUGACAUGCUGACACCUUUAACAUCCGUGAUCAGCCUAUUUCGUGAACGUCGCGUUGCCUUUGGAGGAGACAUACGUGAAAUGUAUCACCAAAUAAAAAUUCGCGAAGCCGAUAAACAAUCGCAGCGAUUUCUACACAGGAAAAAUUUGCAUGACAAGGAACCCAGCGUUUACAUUAUGGAUGUUGCUACGUUUGGGUCUACUAGUUCUCCCUGUUCGGCUCAAUACGUAAAAAACCUAAAUGCGUCGGAAUUUUCAGCGGAGUACCCAGAAGCAGCCACAGCUAUAAUAAACAAACAUUAUGUCGACGACUAUUUUGAUAGUGUUGACACUAUCGCAGAGGCCGUGAGGCGGGCCAAGGAAGUGCGUUUUAUUCACUCGAAAGCUGGUUUCGAAAUAAGGAACUGGGUCUCUAACUCUCCCGAAGUACUGCGGAGUCUGGGGGAACGAAAUCAGGUUGAAGCUGUCCAUUUCAACGUCGACAAAACCACAGAUAAUGAGCGAGUACUUGGAAUAGUCUGGAAUCCGACCUACGACACGUUCUCCUUUGCAACCGAUCAUCGGCCUCAGCUUCGACCGUAUCUCGACGGAACGCAACGACCAACAAAGCGGUUGGUUUUAAGCUGCGUGAUGGGAUUUUUUGAUCCGUUAGGACUACUGGCUCCUUUCACUGUCCAUGGAAAAAUGCUCGUCCAAGAUCUCUGGCGCAAUGGCUGUGGCUGGGAUGACGAAAUAGAGGACGAAUCUUUGCAUAAAUGGAAUCGUUGGACGGGUCUAUUACCACAAGUGGAAGCCAUCCGCAUCCCUCGCUGUUACCUAGGCGAUGUUUCUUCUGCCGAAAUCGAUUCACUUCAGCUGCACAUCUUUAUGGAUGCAAGCGAGCAGGCGUUCGGAUGCGUGGCCUAUCUUAGGGUAGCAGUGCAUGGAAAAGUUAUGGCUCGUCUGGUGAUGUCACGCUCGAAGGUAGCGCCACUAAAACGGCAGUCAGUCUCGCGACUUGAGCUAAUGGCUGCAGUUUUGGGUUCACGACUGUCGUGCACGGUUAAAUCACAGCAUUCUCUGCCAAUUAGGAAACAGUUCCUUUGGUCAGACUCCCGGACGACGCUCAGUUGGAUCCGCUCCGAUCAAAUAAAAUACAAACAAUUUGUGGCGUUUCGCAUAGGGGAAAUUCGAGAAAACAGUAACGUCUCGGACUGGCGAUGGGUGUCAACUAAGAUUAAUAUCGCUGACGUCCUGACAAAGUGGGGACAGGGGCCACCGUUAGACUCAUCCAGUCCGUGGUUUAAUGGCCCAGCAUUUCUUCGCGAUCCAGAAAACCAGUGGCCGACAAUGGAAUUACCGGCUGUAGAUACCAGCGAAGAGAUGCGCGCUUGUCUACUGCACCAUUAUACGACACAUUCUGAACCAAUAGUCAACGUGGAUUCAACUAAUCGAUGGAUUCGUCUGUUGCGAAGUACAGCAAGCGCGAUCCGUUUUAUUAACAAUUGUCGCAGAAAAGCUAUCGGUCAACCGAUAGUAGUAUCGAAAGCAACACCGAAACAGGAAAAAUGGAUUUUAUGUAAGCACAAAUCAAUACAGCGACCACUUCAGCAAGACGAGUUACUAGCGGCCGAAAUGAUCCUAUGGAAGCAAGCUCAGCAUGAUGGUUUUUUGGAUGAGGUCUGA